AAAGCGUCUUUUAUUAGCAGCGGGUAGCAGACUGAUUCUGAGACUACGUCAGAUGUCGGAAUGCUGUAAACUUUAGUGAUUGUGGAGAACUUUUUCCGGUUUCUCACUAUGUUAGCUACAAUAUAGGUAUGCCAUGAUGAAUAGUGCACUGAAGGUAUCAACCACUCCUGACCCAAAGGCCCUUUUCAAGGACCUUGGCAGACCCACACUUCGGGGUGUCAGGAAGUGUCCCAACUGUGGAAUCUACAAUGGCAUACGUGGUCUAAGCUGCAAGAACAAAGAUUGUAACAUGGUCCUGAGGGGUAAGGGCAGGAAAGGAAACCAAAGUGCUGACGCGAUCAGGAUCAUCACAGGAUCCUCGGCCAUGGUCUAUUCUGUGCGAUUGCGUGAUAGGGGACCUGAUUACAGGGGGUUCGUGGAGCUACCGCUUAGUGAAGAGAUCAUCCUGCAGGGACCUGAUGCAGAGACGAUGACCCUUGUGGAUGUGCCUCAUUGCUACAUUGGAUCUUGUCAAAAGUCAUUGGCAACAGAGGGUAACCAGACGACAUGCCCGCAUAUCGAACUCGCUCAGAAAUGCGCAACGGAAGCACAGCCACUCACCCUGAAGAACUCUGUCCUCAAUAGCUUACCGGUCUCCAACGAAAUGAAGCAAGCAAUCUGGCUUCUUGCCACGGAGACCACGGGUCCUCUGGUGCAGCGUGUCUCAAAGAACAUUAUGGUUGUCAAGUGCAAGGCGCAACAGACACCCCAAUUAGGUUUCCUGCAUUUCUCCUUCUCGGAGUCGCCAAAGAAGAAGGGCUCCGUGGAACAUCGGUUUCAUUGCUCAUGCAGACAGUUCAAGAAUUUCAAGCACUCAACUGAAGACAGCAAGAAGAAAUGUGUCCAUUUUUAUGCCUGUAUCUGUGCGUUUGCAAGUGAGGAUGCACUCACCAAGGAAUUCAAAUAUUUCAUCAGUAUGGAUGAGGCGAAAGAUGAUGUCCCCGACCCAUCCCAAGGUUCUGUACAGAUAACCAUCAUCGAUGGUCAGUUGACUACUACAUCGCCAGAGACGGUUUCCAUGGCAAUCACAAUGCCUGGUCUGCAGAGUAAAAAGAGGAGGAAAGAUGACACACUAGCCCAGGCAAGCAGUGCACUCCUAACCCUCCAAGAGGGCGCUACAUCACCUGCCAAGAAGACCGCCCCAUCUAGGAGAAGCGGUGGUCCUGCACCAGACCCGGAUCAGUCCUUCAACAAAGGGGUACCCCAGCCCCUUGUAGAGGCACUCGUAGAAGGACCCACUGUCUCCUUUAAUCACUGGCUGGGUAGCGUGACGGAGAGGAUCAACCAAACCAUGCAUUAUCAAUUCGAAGGUACCCCUGAGCCUCUGGUGUUCCACAUACCGCAGGUGUUCUUUGACAUACUCCAGCAGCGUAUAUCCUCCGGCUCCCGCAAGAAGAGACUGCCCAACUCUACCGUAGCGUUCAUCCGUAAAGACGCCCUUCCGCUAGGUACAUUCACCAAGUACACCUGGCAGCUGACGAGUAUUAUUCAAGUCAAGCAGAUCUUUGAUACCGCAGAAAUGCCCAUGGAGGUGACAAGAAGCUUUGUAGAGAACAAGGACGGGACGUUCUCUCGCUACGUCUCACCCAAGGUGGAUGUGGAGCAUGUAGGAGAGGCUUACAGGAGAGCAGCAGGACAGAUUCCCAUCAAGCCAUUUGAACUGAAAACUUUCCUCAAAAUUGGAAACACAGCAGCAGAUCAGAAGGAACCAACACCUUUCAUCAUCGAGUGGAUCCCUGAAAUUCUACCCAAGUCUCGCAUUGGCGAGCUACGCAUCAAGUUUGAGUACGGACACCAGCAAAAUGGGCAUGUGGAGAGGAGGAUGGGUGAGUUACAUGGACCAAUAGAACAUGUCAUAUAAGUGUCCAGAAUAUUGCUAUUUUCUUAAAGAUAUUAGCAUAGGAGCUCACUGACACCAGACUAUUCUUGUUUCUCAAAUCUUGCACAAAGAUUAUAAACACAUCGUCAAAUUCCAGGUCUCCAAUGCUGGAUUACUGUUGUGAUUCUCCUUGGGGAAGUUUUCUAUUUGUUUUUUUCUUCAAAGAUAUGGUAUACGUUAUGAAAUAUCUAGCCAUUUCAAAUCUGGACUCGUAUUUUCGAGGAGGGGGAUUACAUUGGUUAUCAAAUACAAUUAAGGCUUAGUCAUGAACAGUGACAAGUAACUGUUGAGGUGUCCUGCUGCAUUGUGUAUGCCUCAGACUCACUGAAAUUAGAGGUUUGCAACUGGUCUACAUAUUUACAGGUGUAUGUUUGUGUAUGCUUGAGAUUGUACGUUCAGAUUGUCAAGUUUGUCUAAAUAAAAGAUGUCUACCUAUAUAUUUGAUCGUAGUUUUGCAUCUAUUUUGACCAAGAAUGUACGAUUACAGGUUAUUGAAAAUUCAUGCAUUGAUAGCACUGGCAAAAGGUAUUUGACAGUCAUGUGGAGCAUAUGCAGAGGCAAAUUGAAGAGCAGUCACACUUUUCAAAUCUAUACAUCUCUAUGUGGUAUGCCACAGUUGCAUCAACAAUAUAUUUAGAGAUCUUAUAUAUGACAUAUUUGGUGAUGCUCAUCAGUUUUUUUGUAGUUGGAAAUAACUGGAUAUAAAUCAAUUUUUGUCUUUUGCAAAGACGAAAAUGGCCAGUAUAUUUUGAUAUUUCAUUAAAACAGUGGAACUUUCAAAUAUACUGGAAAUAAAAGAAAACUUCUUGUUGAAAGUACAAAUGCUAACUUUAGUAAAGGCGAUUUACAUUAUAUUACUUGAUGUUUCUAUGUUGAUCAGUUUGAAUUUGAGAAGGUUCUCGCUAUAUGUUGUAAUCAGCAAUAAUGGCAUAUAUCUAUGAGGCUGUUCACACUGGCAGAGAUAGCGUGCGCUAGACCACGCUAUCUCUGCGGUUUGGAAGGUACAACGUUGUUUCGGUCCGCCCAACAGCGAGCCAUGGCGAGCCAUAACGGCGUGCCACUGGAGCACCUCUUG